AUGGAAACUGAAUUGCAGCCUGCACAUCAAGGGAAUGAUGUUGAUGAGAAAUAUGUAUUUCCCUGGAUGGGAAUUGUAGCAAAUCUUCCCAUUGAGUGGGAUGGUAAGCGUUACGUGGGAAAAAGUGGCUCGGGGCUCAGGGAUGAUUUGACGAACAAAGGGUUUAAUCCGGUGAGAGUACAUCCAUUAUGGAACCAUAGGGGUCAUUCAGGGUAUGCUGUGGUUGAAUUUAGUAAUAAUUGGGAUGGUUUUGCUUAUGCAAUUAAGUUGGAAAAGAGUUUUGAAUCACAACAUAGAGGGAAGUUGGAAUAUUUAGGUUCAGCAAAUAGGGAAAAUAAGUUAUAUGGUUGGGUUGCAAAGGCUGAUGAUUUCAAGUCAUCAGGUGUAAUUGGUGACUAUUUGCGAAAAAAUGGAGACCUGAAAUCUAUCUCCGAGAUUCAGGCAGAAGACAAGCGCAAAAAUGAUGCGCUUGUCUCUAAUCUGGCUGAAACAAUCGAGGCCAAAAGUAGGCGACUCAAGGAGAUAGAGAGCAAAUGCAAUGAAACUUCAAUGUGCCUAAGCAAAGUGAUGAUGCAAAGAGAUGAAAUGAUCCAAGAAUACAAUGAAGGUACAUAUAUUCUCCUAACAGACCUUGCCUUUUUUGUCACACUUUUGACUUACAACAAGUACUUACUAUUGACUACAGAGUUACAAGGGAUGGCGAAGAAUGCUCGCGAUCAACUAGCAAAGAUGAUCAAGGAGAGAGAGAAGAAUAAAUCGUAUUUGGAAGCGCAACGCAAAGAACUUGAGUUGCGCGAAAAAGAAUUGGUGGAAAGGGAAGCCCUCAAUGAUAAUCAAAGACAAGAGCUUCAUUCUUUGAAGCAAAUGAAUGAGAGAGCAGAAAUGGAGCAAAAGAGGAUGGAUGAAAGUGUCUUAAAGUUGGCAGAAGAACAGAAGAAAGAGAAAGAAACUCUCCGUGAUAAGAUCCUGGAGUUGCAAACAAAACUCGACUCAAAGCAGGCGUUAGAGUUGGAGAUAGAACGUCUCAAAGGGGCUACGCAAGUAAUGAGACACAUGGGAGAUGGCCAAGAUGUGAAGAAAAAACUAGACGAGAUCCAAGAGAGCCUAAAAGAGAAAGAAGAAGAACUGGAAGAUCUUGAAGCUUUGAAUCAAGCUUUAGUUGUCAAAGAACGCCGUGCCAAUGUUGAGUUACAAGAUGCCAGGAAGGAGUUGAUUGAUGGAAUGAAGCAGCAUUCUUCUCGGGCUUUAAUCGGUGUCAAGAGAAUGGGAGAACUUGAUAUUAAAAGAUUUCAGGAGAUAACCAAGAAAAUGUUUGUUGAAGAUGCAGAUUUGAAAGCUGCGGAAUUGUGUUCAAUCUGGGAGGCUCAUCUUAGGGACCCCAAGUGGCAUCCCUUUAAAGUUGUAACAACUGAAAAUGGUCCUAAGGUAAUACAUUGUAGUUUCUUAUCAAAAAAAGAAAUACAUUGUGGUUGCCAAACAUAACCUUAUUAUUUCUGCUGUAUUGGUAGGAGGACA